AUGGAGGCGUACAAGAAAUCGGGAAACAGGAAGGAUGCUCCACCCAAGCAUGAAAUGAUACAUUUCCCGGGCUUGAUGAGCGAGAAGCGGUCUUUUGGAGAUUUCAGGACUGUGCUGCAUACAGGGUUGUAUAGCCAGAUUGUGGCCAUGGAAGUCCCUGUUGGAGGUGACAUAGGCGAUGAGGUCCACACAGUUGACCAAAUUCUCCUCUUCACGUCAGGCAAAGGGCUCGCGACUGUAGCGGGAAAAGACCAGGAAGUUCAAGCUGGCGACGUUGUGGUUGUUCCGGCUGGAACGCAACAUCAGUUUGUGACGCGGGGGGACCAGCCGCUUGAACUUAUCACUGUGUAUAGCCCUGCUGAGCACUUGCCGACGAGCGUGCACAAGACGAAGGAAGAGGGUGACAAGGCGGAGGAGGAUGAGAUUGAUGAGGCGCCUGAGUGGGCGUUGAAGGCGAAGACGGAAAAUGAAAAGACUGGGUUGGUCAAGGAGAGUGGGAAAUACUAG